AUGGUAGAUUGGGCGAGUUUGAAGCGCAAGCUGGCCGUGGACUUGAUACCAAUCCCUCCAGAGCGACGAACCUGGGGUGUUUGGGGCUACACCGCGGAUAGAAUGAACGGCCCUGCUAACAGGCUCGAACAGGCUACUGGACGGUUUCUGGAUCAUGUAUCUCGGCAUGGACAACUGGAAGCACUCUUCUGGCAUUUGGACUCAGUCCUCAACAAGCAAUUGGCUGCGUUGUCGGCGGCUGGCGGAAUAUUCACGGGCUUACUCGCAGUCGCAUGCGGCUGGAUGGGCGAGAGGCACCACAUUGGGUUCCCUGUUGCCUCACGGUUCUCAUGGGGCAUGAGAGGGUCAUAUUUCCCCGUCAUCCUCCGUUGUUUUCUUGGGUGCAUUUGGUUUGGUAUCCAGUCAUAUUGGGGAGGCCAGGCAACUAGAGUUCUCAUAGGAGCAAUUAUACCAGGAUUCGCACACAUGAAGAACACCUUUGCUGAGAGCUCGCAUUUGUUAACCAACGAUUUCAUCGGCAUGGUUAUAUGGUACAUUGUGUUCCUACCAUUACUCCUGAUCUCCCCCGAACGACUACAGAUCCCGUUCGGCAUCUCAUUCGUCUUAUUUGGAUCAACUUGUAUUGGUAUCCUAGCCUGGGCGGUGAAAAAUGUAGGGGGCCCUGGAUCAAUGUUCCGCCAACCAGCAACAACAGACUCAGUAGGAUGGGGAGUGAUGUACGGCAUAACUGCCAUACUUGGAGCAUGGGGUGCUGGUACCCUGGGACAAUCUGACUGGACCCGCUAUGCAAGUCGUCCGCUGGCGCCGACGUUAUCUCAGCUUGUCGCUGCGCCUGUCACGAUCACUAUUACAGCAAUGAUCGGGAUAAUCGUGACUAGUGCAGCUAAUGACCUUCUUGGAGAGAUUAUUUGGAGCCCGAUUCAGCUUCUUGCUGCUAUGCAGGAGCAUUAUGCUUCGAGUCCACGAAUCAGGGCCGGUGUGUUCUUUGCUUCUAUAGGGACUGUUUCGACGCAACUGGCUAUAUCACUUGUCCUAAACUCCGUGUCAGCCGGGAUGGACCUAGCUGGUCUGCAGCCCAAGUAUAUCAAUAUUAGGAGAGGAAGCUAUAUCAUGGUUGUCAUUGGCCUUGCAUCUCAACCAUGGCAAUUGCUCGCUAGCGCGGAUAAGUUCCUCUCCGUUCUGUCUGGUUUUGGAAUAUUUAUGGCUCCCUUGACUGGUAUAAUGCUGUCAGACUAUCUAGUCAUUCGACGCCAGAGGCUUAGGUUAUGCGAUUUAUAUAAGGGAGAUGCGUCGUCAAUAUACUGGUAUUGGCAUGGCUUCAACUGGCGUGGGAUUGUAUCUUUCACUAUUAGUAUAUGGCCUCAAAUCCCUGGACUCGUUGCGUCUGUCAACAAAGACAAAUCCCCAGCUAUGCAAAGCUGGAUCAAGUUAUUCAACCUCACCUUCUUCGUCGGCCUUGCGAUGGGGUUCACUUGGAUGACCCUGCUUUCAUACAUCUUCCCGCCACCAGGCUUAGGCGAAGAAGCCCCGUUCGUGCAGGAGUAUCUCCCGUCCGAGAAAGCAGCUCGACAAGUUGGAACGGCAUCACCUGAGAAGGCUGAUUCAGCAUCAACGCGGGAGCCUUGA